ACCAACGCAGCUGUUUCCGCUGCUUGUGUUCGGUGUGACUCGGUUCGGCUCCGUUCGGCUCAGCUCGGCUCGGCUCGGGACAGACCAGCAGCGGUAGUGAACCUGUGAUGGCGGCCCCUGCUCUCUCCGGUCGGGCUGGCUCGGCGGGCAGCCUCGGGAACAGCCCCACCAUGGCGGGCGGUCGGCUGCCUCACGGCGGAGGCGGAGGCGUCGGGCCCGAACUCGACUUCAGGUCGGCGGCCCGCAUGGAGGACCUGAACCGACUCAUCCAGGAGUUCAGCAAGCACGACCAGCGGGAGUACGACGACCAGCGGGCUCUGGAGAUCCACACGGCCAAGGACUUCAUCUUCUCCAUGCUGGGAAUGGUACAGAAGUUGGACCAGAAGCUGCCGGUGGCUAACGAGUACCUCCUACUGUCGGGCGGCGUCCGGGAGGGUGUGGUGGACAUGGACCUGGACGAGCUGAGCGUCUACGCCCGUGGAACAGACUACGACAUGGACUUCACCCUGUUAGUCCCGGCGCUCAAACUCCACGACCGCAACCAGCCGGUGACGCUGGACAUGAGGCACUCGGCGCUGGGCCACUCCUGGCUCAGCCUCCGCCUCUUCGAUGAAGGAACCAUCAACAAGUGGAAGGACUGCUGCACCAUCGUCGACCAUAUCAACGGCACCACCAACUACUUCUUCUCCCCGACGCUGGUGGCCGACUGGUUCUACCAGUCCAUCUCACUGGUGCUGCUGGAGGUGCAGAAGAAGCCACAAAGGGGGAUGCCGAGGGUGGAGAAGGUGGAGCGGAACGGUACCAUCAUCUCCGUCAUCCUGGGCGUCGGCAGCAGCCGGAUGCUCUACGACAUCGUCCCUGUUGUGUCAUUCAAGGGCUGGCCGGCCGUGGCUCAGAGCUGGCUGAUGGAGAAUCACUUCUGGGACGGGAAGAUCACAGAGGAGGAGGUGAUCAGCGGGUUCUACCUGGUUCCUGCCUGCUCCUACAAAGGCCGAAAAGAGAAUGAGUGGCGCCUGUCGUUUGCCCGCAGCGAGGUGCAGCUGAAGAAGUGCAUCUCGUCCAGCCUGAUGCAGGCGUACCAGGCCUGCAAAGCCAUCAUCAUCAAGCUGCUGUCGCGCCCUAAAGCCAUCAGCCCGUACCACCUACGCAGCAUCAUGCUGUGGGCCUGCGACCGCCUCCCCGCCAACUACCUGGCACAGGACGACUUUUCUGCCCACUUCCUGCUCGGCCUGAUCGAUGACCUGCAGCACUGCCUCGUCAACAAGAUGUGCCCCAACUACUUCAUCCCUCAGUGCAACAUGCUGGAGCACCUGUCAGACGAGACCGCCAUGCUUCACGCCCGCAAGCUGUCCUCCGUGCGCUCCGACCCGGCCGAGCACCUGCGCACCACCAUCGAGCACGCCAAGGCCGCCAACAGGCUGACGGUGGAACUGCAGUGGCGAGGCAGUGCCAACAACCUGCCGUCGCCGCAGUCGGACGCCGGUGGCGAGAACCAGCCCGAUGACCGGCUCGCCAAGAAGCUGCAGCAGCUCGUCACGGAGAAUCCUGGGAAAUCCAUCUCAGUCUUCAUCAACCCGGACGACGUCACGCGGCCGCACUUCCGCAUCGACGACAAGUUCUUCUGAGACUGAGAACCUUUGCCUCCUCUUUAUCCUCUUGGCCUUCCUGCUCCUCGCCCGGUGCCCCGCCUCCUCUGAAACUUUAUUUUUUACAUUUUUUAUGUUUCUCUGCCACAGAGUGAAGUGCGGUGAUCGUCCAGUUGUGUCUGCCACAGUUUUUUAUUUUUAUUUUUCUAUUCCCCAUCCCCCCGUCCCUCCUCUUUCACUGUGUGCCCUGUGUUUUUUACCUGCUCGAUGCCUUUUAAAUAGACAGCUGAUUUAUUAGCAGGUUGUUUUUAACAAUGAAGGACGGGACAUAAAUCCACCUUUGAGAAAGAACUGCUGUCAGGACGGUAGUUUGAUGAAGAUAUCAGGGAUCCUGGAAAUGAGACGAACCUAGCACCUCCUGACAAUGUCAUGAUAUCUUGUGCACUCCAGCCAGUGGUUUUGAGAGCCGUGUUUUCUUUACAUAACUGACAAAAUUACAUGAUUUAUCAUCCAGAAAUGGUAACAACCGAAAGAAUUGUUAGAUUUUCAACUUUCAGACGGUUUUUGAAAUACUCAUCUGCUACGUGUCAUCAGGAAACUUGACCAAAUCUUAGUUUAAAAUUCUUAAAUAUUUGAAAAAUUGCUAAAUAUGAACCGUUAACUCUCACCAGAUUCUAUAAAUAACAAAAAGUUCUGCGCUUGUUGGUACAACGGUGAGUCCAUCAGCGACUCAGCUGUCACCAACAGUCAUGUGACAAAAAUUCAGGGAUUUUUCAGCUAAACUCCGGCUUUUACAUCUUGCAAAAUGUCUUGAAUCAACUACAGGUUUGGUUAAGGGUCAUUAUUUUUGGUGAAUUUUAAAAUAUCAAGACUUUAAGCUUAGAUUUGGUUACGUUUGCCAACAAAACUGCCAAUCUGUGAUCACACGAUUAGUUCAUGGACCGUCUAAUGGUUGAAAAUCCAACGAUUCUUUUGGGCUUAGCAGUUUCAGCCUGAUAAAUGGUGUCAUUUUGGUUAUUUUUAAAAAGUUAGCACACCUUCAAAACCCUCAAAACACAAACUUCUACAACAUUUCAAUCUGACUUUGCUCUUUUAAACAGCUCAGAUUCAGGAAUUGCGAUGAGUCUCGAGUCCAGCAGUGAAGGCAGCAGCGUUGGUUCUGGAGGUGGGUUUGGUCCAUCUGAGGAAUGUCUUAGCCCCGCUGGGGGACAAUGGUACUAAUGUCUUAGAAAGUAACUGUAAAUAGCGAAAACACUGACCGAUGUGUGUAGACAGAAAGGGAAAUAGACUGACUAUGAUUUGUGGACUACUUUUUUCGUCUAAUUUUGCACAGAAUGUAAAAAAAAAACAACACCACUUUUCCUCUCGAUGGAGGACGUCGUGUCGUCCUGGUUCUGGAAUAUCAUAUCAGUGACACUUUACUGGUAAACGGUUGCACUGCAUGCUUUAAAUGUGUUUAUUAACCGAUGGAACUGCAGCUGGGUCACACUGGAACCAAGUCUUGACUUCAGAAAUGGUGAUCUGCUCAAAUCCAUCUCUUCAGAGCUGGUUCAAAAAAGCAUCUAAACUGUUAAAAUUCUGAUGUUUGAGAGUUUUACGCCUCCUUCCAAGUGCAAAGCUUUAUUUUGCAGAAACUGGAGGGUUUAAAUCAGUGCACUGUGCAGCUCUGAACACUCAGGUUAAUCUGCUGCGUAUCGACCGACCAGGUAAAGUGUCACCGAAUGUUCCUUUAGACAUAUUAUCACCGACAUCCCGUCACUUUCUUCCGUCUUCUCUGUUUCAAUAAUAUAAGCUUCACUGUGUAUUUUUAAACCCUACUGAUAUUUUUUUCUGUUCUGCUGCUUCCGUCUGUAUCAAGGGUUCGACUCAGGUUUCGACUUAACCAGCUCAGGGUUAAAUUAUAUUAAUCGACCCGACAGCAGCCUGGGAACCAGGUUCUAACUACUGUUUCUGCAUCUGAAACCCUUAAACUUGCCUUUAUUAUAAAGAAUUGGGACCAAGUUUCAUCCUGGACAAGAAUGAUGAAGACCAUAGAGAUUAAGAUGUAUACGUACCACUCAGUAGUUACAACAUUCAUCCGUCUUCCUGCAAAUUCUUGAAGGUCUGCGUGAUAUAAACUUCCUCACCAACAAGCUUGCAUGCUCAACAGUAGUUGAGUCGAGCAGUAGAGUCCUCCAAGCUGACUAAAAUAGUAGUACAACAUCAAAAACUAAGAGUCUUUAUUGACGACAAGGACGUAUAACAAAGGCGUUGUUCUUGCCGUCUUGAGAAGGUAAAUGAAGUCCGUUUAAUAUUUUAUGCAUCUCUGUGCUGGUUAAAAUUCACGUCUACUGUGAUACAACCAAAUACAAGGGCAGUAGAGCGCAAUAUGACAUCUACGGGUUGGCAAAGGAGUAUAAGGGUUUAAAACUGGCCAUCUUGAGACGUUAAAUAAAGCCAGUACAAUAUUUUCCCAUUGCUGCCUGAAAUUUGUGAUUUACGAAAGUAUUUCCAGAAUACUUUCUUGCUGUAAAACAACCAAUUUACGUCAUGUGGACCCUUGCAUCUUCCUGUACGUAGGAAGUAUAACCUCGACCUCAUGCUACUUUCUAGUUUGCUAAGCGCUACACUACUACUCCUAAAGCACUACUUUCCACGUGCAGCAUAAAAUUUGUGCGAGCAUGACAUAUGUAGACACUAAGUUUUAGAAUUCACUGAGCUAGAAUUUCCUCAAAUUCGUCCUACAUAAACUCUAUAUCGUAGAGGCCCCAGAAUACAGCCCUGAGGAACUCCGCUCAGAUUUACACUCCGCAAACAUCCAAUUACCUCAAUGAAAAGCACAACUUAAUGCUCAGUUGUACCUCUUCAAGGUAAGAUGGGAUUUAUACUGUGGAUCUAUACCUGGAACGGAAACUUCAAGCAGACUAGAAAGUAGUAAAAGAACAACAACUAUGCAUCUGCAAGGGAGUUUAAGUGAGGCUUAAAUCUGACUGAUUUGCCUCGAUGUCUGGAAGUCUUGAGGCGUCCAAGAUGCAGCAUUGGUUGGUGUCAUAGACCACACAGAAAAUAUGGCUCUGGCUCUGGAAAGUGAAGCUAAUUCUUUCUGACAGCCUGCAGGGGGCAACUCUUCUGAUUGCAAAAGACGAGACAAUAUCCCAAAUUCUCGAUUUAUUACCUCAGUGAACAUUUUUCCAAUCAGUUUAUGGUCUCAAUCUCUAGUUUAAAUCUCCUUCAACACAGCAUGGCAUCAAUUUACUAAACUGUGUCCUCAUUUAGAGGAAAAUAGCCGAUAAAGCACGGUAUCCUUUUGACCGGUGCUACCUUGUGAUCCAUAGUUCUCUUUUCAUGUGUGGUUUAAAACAAGCAAAAUGGCGAUGGCCAAAUUCCAGACGUGAAAACAGUCGGCCACAAACCAAAAGGAAACAUCAUGGCGACUUCCUGUGGCUUCCAUCCAUUGGUGUGUUGGGUCUUCUGGUUCAGGUUGACAUUGUGUAGUCGUAAAAGUUGAUAGAAACGUUCUGAUGACGCUACAGCCAUCUUUCAUCUUCGCACAUUGCAGUAAACUCAGAGAAAUAUGCAAUUAGAUGAAUGUUUCACUAGUCUUACUCAUCUUAGACGUUUAGACUUGUUGAUGGGAAACCUGCUCAUUACUGACCUCGCUUUGUUGGGUAUUUAAUUGAAACUUGUAGCCUCGGUUCACUUUAACAGUCCACUACAGCUACUAAACACUCCAACUGAGGCUAAAAGUUAAGUAAUAACACUAAAUUAGAAGUCUUUGACAUUAACAAGGCUUUUUUAGAGCAUCCUGGCCAUUGUAGUCGGUCCUGAGCUGGUUGCGUUGAAGCCGAGUCGUUCCCAGUUUCCGUCUGUUCGUUGCCACAAACAUUUCGAGGAAAAUGCCAAAAAAAGAACAAAAAUAACAAAGCAACUCCUGCAGACGUCUGCCCGGCAGCGUGAUCUCCAUAUAUCCUCAUCCUCAAGUGCAAUUAGUGAAAACACAUGGAACACACACAUGUACACUUCAUGUAGCAUCACCACACUCCAGUAGGUUAAAUGACACUCCUUCACUCCCACCAGGGUUUCUCACACCAUUAAAGUGCCGCACACUCUCCUGCUCGGUGGAAAUGUAAUCAGUGUGUUCUUCUGAGCUUCGUGACCUUCGACCUCUCUGUUUGUUCAGAACCUUUCGACUGUGAGUUUUUAUUUUCUCUGUAAUCCUGCUGCUCUGCUUUAUUCUGAUGAUGGAUUUCUUUAUGCAACGUUGACUUGGAUGGUUUUGCCCUUUGGAUGGCAGCUCCUCCACCGUUCUCCUAAAAUUUCUCUCUAUAAGUAUCUCUAAUUUGUCGUUGUAGUCCUAAAUGAUAUCGACCCUUUUGUUAAACCAAGCAGCUGUAACUUGAAAUGUUUGCGCCACAAUGCCAUGAAUUCAGUUUUUCAUCAAAUGAUACAAAAUAUAGCUAAAAAUUGUCAAUUGUUUGCUGUAUUUAUUGGUCACAGAACUAAAUUUGGGUGUUUGGGUGUUGAAUAGCAAUGAUUUGAAGCCUUGUCAUACACCAGAUUUUGGCUAAAUGAAGGAUGAUCUGAAUUAAUUACUCACAAUCGAACCCUGAUGAGCUCCGUUAAGAUUUAAGCAAAGCUCUUAUAAUUUGAAAGAAAAGUGUAACGUUAUGCUAAGUUUUCAAAUCUUUGGUGCUGGAAUUUCCUCAAGUUUGGACUUAAAUUGCAGAGUUUGGCUGAGAUGGAGCACAAAUUGAAAAUUUAGAGGCCCUAAAAUCGAACCCUGAGGAACUCUGCUUAGAUUUACACCGUGUCUCUGAUCAAGGCUUCAUUUUAAUAGAGCUUAGAACUCAGUUUUAGUUCUUGGAGUUUGAAUUCCUUCAAUUUGGGAAUUAUUUUGCCAAAUUUGACUGUGAUAGAGAUUAGGUUGAAUUAAUAGAGGCCUCAGAAUUGAGCCCUGAGGAACUCCGCUCAGAUUUACACUGUCUAUGAUCAAGGCUCUAAUUACUAAAAGAAAAACACAGAUUGGUGCUCAAUUUUAGUUAGAAUUUAGCCAGAACUCCCUCAAAUUGGGACUGAAAUUGCAAAAUUUGGCCGAGAUGGAGCAAAGGUUGAAUUAAUCGAGCCCCUAAAAUUAAAUCCUGAGGAACUCCGCUCAAAUUUAUGAUGAGUCUCUGAGCAAAGCUUCAAUUUAAUACAACUUAACACUCAAUUUUAGUUCUUGGAGUUCGAAUUUCUUCAGUUUGGGAAUUGGUUUGCCAAAUUUGGCUGUGAUAGGGUAAAUUAAUAGAGGCCCCAGAAUCGAACCCUGAGGAACUCUACUCAGAUUUAAACUGUAUCUAUGAGCAAGGACCUGAAUACCUGAAGGAAAAACAUAGAUUUGUGCUCAAUUUUAGUCAGAAUUUAGCUAAAGUUUCCCCAAGUUGGGACUUAAAUUGCAGAAUUUGGCUGAGACUAAGCACAGAUUGAAUUAAUAGAGGCCCUAUAAUCAAACCCUGAGGAACUCUGCUCAGAUUUGUACUGAGUCUCUGAGCAAAGCUUCAAUUUAAUACAAUUUAGAGCUCAGUUUUAGUUCUUUGGGAAUUAUUUUGCCAAAUUUGGCUGUGACAGAACAAAGGCUGUAUUAAUAGUGUUUAAAAUCAAACCCUGAGGAACUCCGCUCAGAUUUACAGUGUGUCUGUGAGUAAGGCUCUAAUUACCUAAAACAAAACACAGAUUGGUGCUCACUUUUAGUCAGAAUUUAGCUAGAAUUUCUUCAAGUUGGCGCUUAAAUUGCAGAAUUUGGUUUGAAUUAUUAGAGGCCUUAAAAUCGAACCCUGAGGAACUCCGCUCAGAUUUACACUGUAUCUAUAAGCAAAACAACAAUUUAAGACAACUCAGAGCUCAGUUUUAGUUCUUGGAGCUAGAAAUUCCUCAAGUUGGGAUGUAUUAUAUCACAAAAACCAAGAACACAAACUGAAUUAAUAGAGGCCCUGGAAUUGAACCUUGAGGAACUCUGCUGUCCCAAAACAAAGCUUCAAUUACCUGAGAGAAAAACACAACUGUGCGCUCAAUUUUAGUUGUUACAGCUCGAAAUCCUUAAUUUACACGUAGGAAACUUCACUCUUUGCAGUAUUUGAGGCCUCAGUUUUCUGGUGUACACAAUUUAGCAUUUAAGAUGAUGCCAAAAAAUACAAAUCAUUCAACUUUCUGACCUUCUAAAAGACGGCAGCUUUAAGUGUUGUGCAGAAAAGAUGCAUCUUGUGCUUCUUUUCUAAUAUUGUGGGUAAAGUAAUUACUUUUGUGCACAGAAAAGUAAUUUUAUAUUGCGUGCAGAGUUAUGUACACAUGAAAUAACAUUAAAAUUUAUCAUUCGGGACUCCUCUGCCGUUGAAAAGUAAAAAGCAACUGAGGCAGAGAGACGAUGAAUUCUAGUCAUGCAAAGAUGGCGCUGAAAGGAACAUAUGAAAUAUUAAAGCUACAUCUCAUCAGUUUUUCCUCUCUGCAGCUUCCAGAAGUGUUUAAACAGUUUAAAAACUUUAACCUGCUGCUUGGUUUAACUGAAUUUUAAAAGAAAACACGGCGUUUCUAAGCGUCGUUUUCAUGUAGUUUGAUCUGUGGUCACCAGGAGGCCUCAGUGAGCUCAGUUAGUGAUGGAGGGAAGCUGCCGUCUGAAGGAGAACAUCCGUUUCCUCCUGUGAUGUUCAACUACUGUUGUAAAUAGCACUUGAUAAAAUAACUCAAACUCCACAA